GUGGCGCCUGAAGGGUGCCCUUGUCCCUGGGUCCUUGGUCUCGUGUCCGUCUUGGGGUGAGGGUGAUGGUGGUCUCGGCAACUCAGACCCUAAGAUCAGCUCUUCCCGUGGGGUCGUGGCGCCUUAAGCACGGCUUCCUGCUUCUCUGCCUGCCCGCCUUUCUGUGUCGUCAUCCCGACACAGGCGGCCGCUGCUUCUUGCUAGAAGAGAUCUUCAGUUCUUAGAAGAGCCGAAGCGUCUUCUUUGGACCUAGGCGGGGAAAGAAGAGCUGGCUGUGACCUUUGCCCUGUCUUGGAGGGCCCAGCCUUGGGUUGAAUGGCAGCAGCGCCGCUGGGCCGUCUGGUGCUGACCCACCUGCUGGUAGCUCUGUUCGGCAUGGGCUCAUGGGCUGCCAUCAAUGGGAUCUGGGUGGAGCUGCCUGUGGUGGUGAAAGACCUCCCCGAGGGUUGGAGCCUUCCUUCAUACCUUGCUGUGCUUGUGGCACUGGGGAACCUGGGUCUGCUGGUGGUGACCCUGUGGAGGCGGCUGGCCCCGGGCAAGGGCGAGCGGGGCCCCAUCCAGGUGGUGCAGGCGCUGAGCAUGGUGGGCACAGCACUGCUGGCUCCGCUGUGGCACCACGUAGCGCCGGUGGCAGGGCAGCUCCAUUCUGUGGCUUUCUUAACGCUGGCCUUGGUGCUGGCACUGGCCUGCUGUGCCUCUAAUGUCACUUUCCUGCCCUUCCUGAGCCACCUGCCACCUCCUUUCUUGCGGUCCUUCUUUCUGGGUCAGGGCCUCAGUGCUCUGCUGCCCUGUGUGCUGGCCCUAGUGCAGGGUGUGGGCCGCCUUGAGUGCCCGCCAGCCCCCAUCAAUGGCACCCCUGGGCCCCCCCACCACUUCCCAGAGCGUUUUUCUGCCAGCACCUUCUUCUGGGCACUGACUGCCCUUCUGGUCACUUCGGCUGCUGCCUUCCAGGGUCUCCUGCUGUUGUUGCCAUCACCACCAUCCAUACCCACAGGGGCCCCAGGGCCUGACCUGCGGAUGGGAGCCCCAGGAGUGGAGGAGGAGGAGGAAGAGGCCUCGCCGCUUCAGGAGCCGCCAAGCCAGGCAGCAGGCACCACCCCCAGUCCAGACCCUGAGGCCCAUCAGCUGCCCUCCACGCGCAGUGCCUGCCUGCUGGGCCUGCUCGCUGUCACCAACGCACUGACCAACGGCGUGUUGCCUGCUGUGCAGAGCUUUUCCUGCUUGCCCUAUGGACGCCUGGCCUACCACCUGGCUGUGGUGCUGGGCAGCACCGCCAGCCCUCUUGCCUGCUUCCUGGCCAUGGGUGUGCUGUGCAGGUCCCUGGCAGGACUGGGUGGUCUCUGUCUACUAGGCAUGCUCUUUGGGGCCUACCUGAUGGCGCUGGCAAUCCUGAGCCCCUGCCCGCCCCUGGUGGGCACCUCUGCAGGGGUGGUCCUUGUGGUGCUGUUGUGGGUGCUGUGUCUGGGCGUGUUCUCCUACGUGAAGGUGGCUGCCAGCUCCCUGCUGCAUGCGGGGGGGCGACCGGCAUUGCUGGCAGCUGGCGUGGCCAUCCAGCUGGGCUCCAUGCUUGGUGCUGUCGCCAUGUUCCCUCCCACCAGCAUCUACCACGUGUUCCACAGCAGGAAGGACUGUGUGGACCCAUGUGGACCCUGAGCUGGGGCAGCAGGGACAUCACUUGGCCCCACCUGUCUUCAGGCUGAGGCUGCUAUAGUGCCUGAGUACCUGCAGCCCAGGGAGGCCCUCCCUAUGCACGGGCACACUUAUGGACGGACACCUGCACACUCCACGGGAGACUCUCGUGCUUCAGGCCAGGGUAGGGACCACAGAGAAGGCAUGGAGCCAGGGCCUGACAGCAGCUGUAGACUUGGCCCUGGGCCUGGGACCUGUUGGGAUUUGCACAAUAAAGCAUUUUUAUUCCAUGA